CCACAAAAACUCUUCUUGGGAACAUUUUGGGGUCAUACCUAAUGCAGAGCAUCCUACUCUCCCCAUCGUGGCGCUGAGCAUCUCAGUUGUGACAGCAGACGCUGAUAACGCUUUGUGAGAUGUUUGCAGUGGGGAAAUUUCCCCUCUAGAUGGCAGAGAUGACAGCAGCAAUAAGGCAGGGGCCCACGCUGCGGAGCAGCAUAACGCGGAGGUGCGCGGCGCUCUCCCCAGUGCGGAGGUCCCCAUCCAUCGUGUGGGACCUGCCCAGCUGCCACCAGAUGGACGUGCCCAGCAGCGUGCCCAGCCGGCCCGACAGCCCCACGGUGCCCAGAGCUGGGCUGCCAGCCCCGAGCAGAGCCUGCAGGAGAGGACUGCGAGGGGAGUGCUGCGUGCAGGCUGCUGCCACCUCACCCUGAGGCACCAACCCGGAGCUCCACAGCGAGCAGGGCUGCGGGCAGCUGAGCAGCAGGGAUUUACCCCCCAGGGCUGCGGUUAUGCGGUGAGGAUCCGCAUCUUUUUUCCUGGCUGUGAAAGGUUAUAACUGAGUAGCCCUUAUGACCAACAUGAGCUGGAGCUUUCUCACCCGCCUGCUAGAAGAGAUCCACAACCAUUCCACCUUCGUGGGGAAGGUCUGGCUCACCGUGCUCAUCGUCUUCCGCAUCGUCCUGACGGCGGUCGGUGGAGAAUCCAUCUACUCUGAUGAGCAAAGCAAGUUCACUUGCAACACCAAGCAGCCCGGCUGCGACAACGUCUGUUACGAUGCCUUCGCCCCGCUGUCACACGUUAGGUUUUGGGUCUUCCAGAUCAUCAUGAUAUCCACACCUUCAGUCAUGUACCUGGGCUACGCCAUCCACCGGAUCGCCCGGUCAGCGGAGGAGGAGAAGAAGUUCAAGGGCUUCAAGAAGAAGAAGCAGUUUGCUUUGAACUGGCAGGCGGUGCGCAACAUGGAGGACGCGAUGGAGGCGGAUGAAGAGGAGCCCAUGAUCUCCGACGACGCAGCAGAAAAUGAGAAAGCCAAAGCCAAGCCCAAGAGCAAAGAGCAGCAAAAGCACGAUGGGAGGAGGCGAAUCCAGCAGGAAGGACUGAUGAAAAUCUACGUCUUCCAGCUGCUUACUAGAGCUUCGUUUGAAGUUUGUUUUUUGAUAGGGCAGUAUUUGCUCUAUGGUUUUGAGGUAGAAGCUUAUUUUGUAUGCAACAGACUGCCUUGUCCUCACACGGUGGACUGCUUUGUGUCCCGGCCAACAGAGAAGACAAUCUUUCUGCUGGUGAUGUACGUGGUGAGCUGCCUGUGCUUGCUGCUGAACAUGUGUGAGAUGUUCCAUCUGGGCUUCGGGACCAUCCGAGAUGCCAUCCGCAACCGGAAAAUCAACACCUUCAGGCAGCCCCCCUACAACUACGCCUACCCUAAGAACAUCUCCUGCCCCCCCGAGUACAACCUGGUGGUGAAAUCAGAGAAGUCCACCAAGAUCCCCAACAGUCUGAUGGCUCACGAGCAGAACUUGGCUAACGUUGCGCAGGAGCAGCAGUGCACCAGCCCGGAUGAGAACAUCCCAGCGGACUUGUCCACCCUCCACAAACACCUGCGAGUGGCCCAGGAGCAGCUGGACAUAGCAUUUCAGAGCUAUGGCAGCAGCCAGGGCAACGCGCAGCCCUCCCGGACCAGCAGCCCUGCCUCGGGUGGCACGGUGGUAGAGCAAAAUAGGGCCAACACCGCCCAGGAGAAGCAAAGCGCUAAGCCCAAGGCGUCCUUGGAGAAAGGCAGCUCCAGCAGUAAGGAUGGAAAGACGUCUGUGUGGAUAUAGCUUGUCUGGCAGCAGAGAGGGCAGCGUAAGUGGGGUUUUAUUUUAGGUUCUGGUUUUCAGUAUGUCUUGAGUUUAUUUCACAGGGCACAGACACAUUUUUUCUGUGGAAGUCAAGAGAGAAAAGGAAUUUCAGACCAAUUUAGUACUGUCUUCCGGUGCAUUAACAAAAGACAUUUCCUUCCUCUUUCCAACACGUUCUCCAGCCGGGAACCUCCAGUGAGUGACAGCGACCGCUGCAUCCCGCUGAGGCUGGACAGCCUGCUGUGAUGGAAGCAGAGAGCAGCUCCCACACACAGUGCUGCAGUCAGACGGCCUUUAAUUACUAAAUAUCCUUAAUAAAAAUUAAUUUCCGAUCCCUUGAUUAGAAAGGAAAGUGACUGAUAUGUCGAUGAACUCUCACGGCACGCUCCCAGCUAACGUCUCGCCGGAAUUUUUCAGUGCACAGCAGGCAGCACUGGAAGCGAAGGCAGCAGAGGUGCAUGCAUAGCACAGCACUGAUGGUCUUCAUCUUUUAUUCUGCGCUGAAACAAAAAGCAAACACGGCCAAACACUCCGCAGUGUGAGUUGGCAGUGACAUUGCUGCUCAUACUGGUGCCUGCGUAGCGCUUGCUACAGAUGGGAAUCACUGCAGUUACAGUGUUUUUAACAAACUGCUGCUUCACAUCAUCAGAAAGUGCCUUUUUGCAACCAGGAAAACAAAGUCAUAAAGGGUUUCAACUUCUUCAUGUGCUAAAUUUGAGUAAAGAUGGGAAGAUCAGCGUUGGCAGAUUUGUUUUUCUGUUUAAUCAAACUGUUAUACAUAGUGGCAGACAGCAGACCUAUGCAUAGCGCGUAUACGAUGCGUGUGUGUGUACAUGUCAGUAUAUAUAUGGACACAUGAACACGUGUGUGUGAAUAUAGAUACAUAGAUAUAUAUAUAUAAAUGUGAUAUCAACCCUCUGGUAAUUUUACAGCCUUCCACUUUCCCUGGGAAAACCUGUUGGAUCCAGAAGGAGUGUCAGUGGGAAACGGGCAGGUUUCCAUACCCUUGCUAGGGGGCUCAGCAGAAGACCUGGUGGACAGGACCCAGGGCAGCAGCAAGAAGUUUGCCCCUGGUUUAUGGAGAGACUUUGUUGGCUUUGCUUGGUUCUAAGGCAGUCUCCUUGCAGUUGCAGGACCUCCAAGGCUCCUGCUGGUGCUGGAUGUGCUUUGGUGGGUGGUUUCAUCCUGGAGCUGAGGCGUUCUUGAGAUGCCUGUGGCAAUUCACCACCAUGGAGGCAAAGUAGGCAGAGCCUUCCAGAUCAAACUUUACAAGGAAGAAUUAAAUCCUUACAGAACACAGCAUCAUUCCUGUGCUGAGCUGCUCCCUUACAGCCAUGCCAGCACACAAGCCCUCAUGCCACAAUUCCUUCCAUAUUACUUCUUAAUGGGCUCUUACUCAUGACCCUGAGAUCAGUCUCUGGAAGCCUUGAGGGCAUCUGCUCUCCCCAGCCAGCAUGAAAGCUGUGCAGUGCCCCUGGAGAACAGUGCUGGUAGCAAAUAGUAGGUUUUAAAAGGUGCAAAGAAAUGUUCUGUGAGGUAUCCAGCUGCAAAUAUUCGGUAUGGCUUUGAGUAACAGUCUGGAGACAGCUCCAGGCUUGUUCCCGAUCCUGCAGGAGGCACUGCCUGGAGCGCCGCCUGCUCUUGCUGCUGGAGUUGUUCUCUUUGGAUAAAGGCAACUGCAUCCCACAGGAGGCUCAGCGCAUCAUGCAGCAGCACUGGUCUGUAGCAGCACACACCCAUCGCGUGCAGGGAUGCUUUGUAAUGUGAAUUUUCCAUGAAAGGCUCAAAAAGUUCACAGCAUGGUGGUAGGACAAACAUAUCUGCCCGUGCUGCUCCUUGUCCUAAAUACGGGCACCCACCCACUCGGGCAAUGCAGGGAGACUGGGUGCUGCUGGCAGUGCUGUCGUGAAGGUAUAGACAGCCCAGGGCUUAUUCCUCUGAAGAUUUGUGGUGUUUGAAGACUGUCUUAUCUCCUUUAGCUCUGCCGUAAACCAAGCAACCCUACUCUCACCAGCCUGUCAUUUCCAUGCCAUGGAUCCAGCAUGCCAAGAGGGAUGAUCAGGCAGUCCUGCAGCAGAUUUGCAGCCUCCUCCAGGCUGGUGUCACCAGCACAUUUAAUACGCACACACUGUUUUCCAUAGUGGGAGUCAAUAAUUGCAGUAUUGAUGAGCACUAGAGCCGGGGCAGACACUUGGGUGUUCGAUACCAGCUCCUCAUCAGGCAGGAUAACUGCUCGCUCUGCUGUCCUCCCAGCCAGCCCUGCUCAUCUGUAGGGCUUAAAAACUUCCUUGCAUAAAAUGCUUUGCGAAUGAGGGCUGAUCUCACUUUCCCAUUUUUUUUUUUUUUCCCAAGCUUUUUGACAUGGACUGAAGCAAAAGGGCACGCUGCUGGCAGGACUGCUUGAUGCCAGAAUCUUGUGGUGGGCUGCCAGGCUCCCACUCACUCCUCUUAUACCAAGAAGGAGCCACCCCUGUUCCUCCAGCCACCAGCAUGAGUCAGAUAGCCCUAUAAAUAUGGAGGUUUAUUAUUAUAAUUAGAUAUUUCGAAUUGCUCACUUCCCCCUUUCCUCCACUGCUUGCCCUCUGGAGCUCUUAGGAUGUUGUAUGCUCCACUGAGUCACCUCCACCACCAAGGCACCGACGUCUCCGCAGCAGUGACCCCUUCCAGAGCAGGAAGGGAAAUCCCGUCUUUACUGUGUCUGUCAGGGCAGGAAAAGGAUAGGAAGGCAAAAAUGCAUAUAUGCAUAACCACAAUUAAAAGCCCCACCACAAACCAAACAGGCGGUUUGAGGAAUUUCAAGCAGACGAUGGGCAGCAUCGGCCAUGGAAGAAAUGCCAGUAGUAUAACUAAUGCUUUGCUUUCUUUUCUGCAGGUUAGUCAUUUAGUUCACGCUCCAGACGGGUUUAGCUCUGUAGCUGAACUAAUCAUAAAUGUUGGUUCUCUCACUAAGCUUUGCUGGAUAAAGUGCCCGCCCUUGCAUUUCUGUUCUUACCAUUCAGAGCCAGGAAUGUCCCACGUAAAAGCCAGAUUACCUUGUUGCUUGCAUUGCAUUCCACUGGAAAAUACUUGAACUUAACUCAAGGCCAUAACCAGUCUGUGCUGUUAUGAAGUUUCUGGGAUAUUUUUUUGUUGUUGUUGUUCAUUUUUUAUGUACUAACUGUAUUUGUACUAGAAAAUUUUUGAGUAUGAGGUUGAAUCUCUCUAAGUAUUUCUCAGUGUAAAUGUUCCAUCUGGACUGUAGUUAGGUUAAGCAUUGGUCAAAAGAGAAUGAAACAUUAGCCCGAGUCUUCAACCGGCUAUUCCACGUCCAUUACUAAUAAAACGGAAUAAAACUUACAUUUUGUUACA